UUACGGAGCAUAAGCAACUACACUCAAGGGACCUUUACUCAAAGCGGUUCAACAUCAUGCAGGGAUUGAUGUUGUAGAGCAAACGGGGUUCUAUAGCUCUUCCUCAUCAUCUGGAUGGAUGUUGUCACAUCGGUGGCUAUCAUACUACCCUUAAAAGGUUCAACGUUAUUUGUCAUUUGACAUAUUGUUGAGGUUAUGUUAGAACUCUUUUUAAAUUUCGCGCCUCACUGUGUGUUUUGGCGCCCUAAAAGGGCCAGAAAACCCUAAAUUUACGGUUCAACAUGGGAACCAGCUUUAUUUCCUCUGCAAACUGCAGUCUCUGCAAAAUUAGGGAUCGAGGGUUUCAAUUUGCAGAGUUUUUCCUUGGCCUUAAUGAUGGUAUCCCAUCAGAUCCACUGUAAGCAAAGACCUUGAAGUUUGGAUUGAGAAAUUCUUAUGCUUUUCUUCUCCGGAAUUUAGAGUUGCACUGCCAUUAUUCUAAACAUCAGAGAUCCCCUUCAAACCUCGGAAAAACACCCUAAUUUUUUGUAUUCUGAAAACCAGCGCAUACUUAUCCCUGGGUCAUUUGAGCCAAUUUAGGCUUUACAACCUUCAUUCUCCUGCAGAACACUCAGGUGAAGAAAAGUUGUAUCAGUUGUACAGAGUCAGAAGCAUCUCUCCUGGCUCUGUACAAUUGGGUUCUUACAGUCUCGUUCUUCUUUAGAAUGGAUGCAUCUUCAACCCAUUUAUCAUUCUUCAAGGAUGUCAAAUCGAGAGAGCUCAAUGCUUCUAAAGUAAGAAAGACGCCUUUUCUUGGAGCUUUGGCGUCAGAAAAUGGUGGGCCUGGCUCUGGAGUUAUUGCUUCAGAGCAUAAUGGAAGCCAUACUCUUCCUUUGGCUGUAUCAUUUGGGAAGAGCAGUAAAGGAUGCCAUGUUCUUGCAGUAUCUGAUGAGGAAGGAUACAUUAGCUUCUAUAACACACAAUUGAAUUUUCCUCCACUUAAGGGUCAUUCUAGGAGCGAAGUGGAAGCUAGACUCAAUGCUUGGAUAGCUCAUCAUAAUGCAAUUUUUGAUAUAUGUUGGAUUAGGGAUGAUGCCUACAUUUUGACAGCUUCAGGAGAUCAAACGAUUAGAAUAUGGGAUGUAGAGAAGAAGGCAAGCUUGGGCAUUAUGAAAGAGCACAAAGCCAGCGUGAAAUCACUAUCAUCUCAUCCAGUUAAUUCUGAUAUGAUCGUUUCUGGUUCAAGAGAUGGUUCGGUCAUACUUUGGGACAUGCGAUGCAACUCCAUUAACCAAAAGGGACUUGGGGAGCCUUGUUUAGGGCCUACUGCUAUUAUUAAAAAUGCACAUGUAUAUGCUCCUCAGAUGAAAAGAAAUAGGCGGACCAAGGGGGCUGUGGCUUCAAUGAGCAUCACGUCAGUUCUUUAUCUUAAAGAUGAAUUCUCCAUUGCUAGUGGUGGAGAUAUAGACAGUGUUGUGAAGAUCUGGGAUACUCGAUGCCUGAAAGAGCAUGUUGCUGAAGCCCACCCUAUGUGCCCAUCUAUGGACAAGAAGACAAGGGCUCAUGGAAUCGCUUGCCUAUCUCAAGACACAAGUGGUGUAUUUCUUGUAGCAUCUUGUAUGGAUAACAGGAUUUACUUGUACAAUGUGAUUCACCCUGACAAAGGACCUAUGGAAAGUUUCUCAGGCCACCUAAAUGGCUCUUUUUAUAUCAAGGCUGGAAUUAGCCCAGAUGGAUCACACAUUCUCAGUGGCUCUAGUGAUGGAAAUGCGUACAUAUGGGAGGUGAGGAAACCUGAGGCAAAUCUAAUGGUGCUGAAGGGCCACGAAGGAGAUGUCACUGCUGUAGCCUGGUGUCCAUCUGAAGUAGGCAAGAUAGCAACAUGUUCGGAUGAUUUUACGAUUCGUGUAUGGAAUACUCAAAGCUGCCCAAACUUGAACACAAUGAGAUCCCCAUCCUCAAUACGACAAAGAGUGACUGCAUUUCCUGCAUCUAUUGAGCCUCGGAAGCUGAACAUGGAUUUGCCUGCCCGAAGCUGCCCAAAACGCCAAGGUAAAGAAGAGGGAACAAGAUUCCCAAGUGUGGACUCCCCAGCCCGAGCUGGCCCAAGCUGCCCGAAAACCCAAAAGCAAGAAGCUUUGAGGUUUUGUGUUUUGGAUCCAGCUGUUCAAGCUCCCAUAAACCGUCAUUUACAAGAAGAGACUUUGAGUUUUAUGGGUAUGGACUCAACGGCCCCUAACUGCCCAGAAUCUCGAGAAGAAGCACAGGUCUUUCAUGGCUCCCCACCUCACCAUAAAACCAUUGAAGCUGAAACUCCUAUGGACUGCAAGAAACAAAGUGUUUUGGGUCCUUUUACAAUGGAUGAAGUAGAGUUUCAGAGGACACCAGAGGCAAGUGUGAGGAGCCCAUCAUCUGUGUUGAACUCGCCUUCUUCAUUAAAAAGGAGAACCAUCAGGGAUUAUUUUAUGAUGGCUGCCUGAGAAUUUGUUCACAGGAGGAUUGGUUGGGAGGUGAUUUAAAGAGAUUAUGGAGGUUCUGUUUGGUUGGCCAUUUAACCUUCAGUUAGGCCUUGACUAAGGGGUUUAGGUGAUGGAUGGAGUUUCAGGAGAAGAUUGGAUUCUAUUGACCUUUUGAAUUCUAGGAGCGUCAAGAAGUACCAUCGGAGUAAGAGCUCUCUCUCUCUCUCUCUCUCUCUCUCUCUCUUGGUUUUCUUUGAGUGCACGGGCCUUUGAUAUUGAAUGAUUUUGCAUAUUGUUGUCCAUGAUAAAUUGUAAUGUACAUAUCAUGAUAAAAUGUAAUGUACAUUCUUCUUUGUAGUUG